UCUUAAUCAACAACAAACACGUCGAAAUGUAGCUACGAUAUCGAAACGUCGGAAUGUCAGAGUCUGGAAAAUCUGUGAGAGCAGUCAGGCAAUUGUCUUUGCAACCACCCGCACCCAGACGACAACUUAUCAGACGACAAAGGUCCGCGGAAGAAGAAAAAUCUUUGCAGAUUUGUGUGAGCUCGUUAGCACGUGGCAAACGCGGGACGAGCGCGAAACCCACCUUCGAAAGACCUAAGGUUCGAGUCGCCUGGAAAGAGAACCGUACAAAAAAUGAGAAAGAAGUGGAGCAAGUUGAAGUGGUGGCUCGUCAAAUCCCCGGACGAUCCAGACCGAACACGGGGAGAUCCCGUGGCUUCAUCGCGAUCGAUAAACCAUCGAUCCUUUAUUCCCGGGAAGAACUCGCGGAAAGGUUAAGGCUCGCCUGGAAACAUCGGCAGGAGAACAAAGCCAACAUCAAUAUUUUCCUGGCACACGGAACUUUGGAGGAGAGAUGCGAUUCUGAGAUGUCGAGCCACGCGACCAUCACUGCUCCAUCAUCUCCGAUAUUGAAGAACGAUGGUAAACUCAAAACUACCCUUUCUGAAGAAGUGCAGGAUUCACGUAUCAAGGAUGUUCAAGUAUUGAGGACACAGGCUGGAAGUUAUUGUGAAGACAAGAAAGAAAACGGGCUAUCAGAUUUUCAACGCCGUAACGGUGAAGUGGAGCGGAUUGAUAUAAAUGAAGUUUCAGGACGAUUGAAGAAAAUUGGACAAGAGAAAAGUGAUGUACCAAAGGAGGCAAUAAAUGAAGUAUCGCCAAACACGAACAUCGACGACUGUCUCCCGAAUUCCAAGAAGAAGUCGAUAAAUAUCGAAUGUCUGAACCCCCGUAUGAAAGCGUUACCAUCGAUUAAAAUCGAAAACCUACCCUUGGAAGUUGAGAAAGUGUCGAAGGAGGAUUUUUCAUCGGCCAAACAGAAGCGUGCAAGUUUUCACAGUGGUACCAACAGGGCGUUCCUCGACCCAAUUAAAUCACCGACAAUCGAAUUCAGAUGCAAUUCGGAGAAAGAUCGAACUACCCCGGAGACGAAGGACAAAAUUCCGGUCACGAAAAAUAUUCCGCAAAAGACGGUCGCGGAUUGCAAAUCGAAGGAAAGUGGUCGCACGAAAAUGUUUGCUGAAAGUAAAGAAUCCUCGACAGACAAUAAAUCGCAGAGAACAAACGAUGUUAAUAAAUAUAAUUUAACGAUUAGGAGAGCUACUACGAAUACGAUAAUGGAUGAUAAGGAUAGUUUUGUGGUCGAUAAAGUUGCGUCCACGAGAAAUACCGUGGAAGUAAGAUGUAGCUCGGUGAACGAGAGAAAUGCACCCUCGAAGAAGAUAGAAAUUCAGAAGGUUGAAAAACCUAGAAGAACUAGCUCUGCACCUCCACAGAGACUGGAAUCGAAUUUAUCCAAUCGUGUUCAAGUUAAUAUCGUGAUCGAUACGCAAAAUAAUAAAGCCUCAGGGAGAAGCAGAGAUCACGAAAAGACAGAAAUUGAUUGCAAGAAUAACGCGAUCGAGAGAACGGAUACGAAGGUAUCAUCAGGAAGAUCAGUAAGAUCAGCGCCGUUAAAAAGACGCUCAAGAAGCGCGAAAAGACGUUUCUGGGGUUCUGGUAAAAACGACGAGGAAGGAAAAUCACGAAACCGAUCUUCUGGUCGUGCAAAAAACUCAAUCGAUUCGAAAACGAUCGAUAUCGUCACAAUGGUAUCUCUCGUCAGCUCGGCUGACAGUGACAGUGAUAUUGAAAAUUCACCCAGGGACGACAAGUUAAUCAACGAAUUACGUAACAAACUUCCGACUACAUCAAUCAUUAAAACAUCGAUGAAUCCUUUAAGCAGUGCCAGAAAGCCUAUCAAAUCAGUUUCUUUCCAGAAAGACUCCUUUGACGAGGAUUCAGCGAAAGAGCAACAACCCUCGCCGAAGGAGGAGAAAAAACCACCGCAACCGCGACUCGCGAUCGUUAACCACCGUGGAAACGGUGGCAUUCUGUCCUCAAACGAGGAAACGGUGUCUUGGAGAACAGAAAUACCUGAUUUGACCGUACCUGUUUUGUCAUUGAUCCACGAUGCCGAAGAGACACUCGACGUUCCUUUGACCGAUCGUGAAAAAAGAUGUCUCGCCGUGCCUAUUGGUGAUCUACACGAUAAAAAACGGAAAUUAUUGAAAACUCGUAGCAUCUCGUCACGAUCAGAAAUGGAAAGACAAACGAUAUUAUCGAAAACGAAAAUGCAAGGCUCGCCAAAAAUUGUUCCACAAAAAGUGGACGCUCCUGCACAGGUUAAAACGUGCUCAAAUAUCUCCGCUAAUGUAAAAUCUAUUUUUAUAUCACCCUCGAAGGAAACUGUUCAACCUGUACAACCAAUGUCCACAGAACCGCGGUUCCAAACGAACAAGGAAAAGGAAUGUUGGCAUCUUUACAGAAAAAUGUGUGACAAAGGCGUUUGCGUAUCUUUCGACACGGUUUUAAGGGGUAUGCUUACGCCAACAGAAUACCGGCUGAGGCAGAAAGAACUUUCUCAGGAUUUAUAACAGUGUAACAGUUUUAAUACAAUAUUAAUUUUCUUAUUUUUUUUUUUAUAAAUGCGAGACAAUUUUAUAAGGAAUUACUGAUGUCCGUGAUUUUUAGUUAAGUACUUCGAAUAAAUAUAGUAUAUGUAUAGAAAUGAAAAGAACAUUUAAAACGAAACAGCAAUCUAAAUCGUAGUCAGUAUUGAAUUAUCACAAUGCAACUAAAUACAUUACCU